AAGAAGAACUUUUUCACGAGCGCUAACGACUGUAGCCGAAGGCAUAUCCGUGGAAAGUUAGCAUGAUGCUAGCUGUUGAAGCAGCGGUCUUCGGUCCCUUGUAAUAUCGGUUUCCACGCCGUGGUUGUUGUUUGCUGCUCCGCCAAAGGCCGCGUGAUCACACAGAAUGGACAGCGAAAUGUCAGAUGUCGACCUUGCCCCGGGGCCCGGGAGCAGCAGCAUGGAUGGGGAAAAUGCUCCGCUGUACUGCAUCUGUCGAAAGCCAGACAUCAACUGCUUCAUGAUCGGCUGCGACAACUGUAACGAGUGGUUCCACGGCCACUGCAUUAACAUCACGGAGAAGAUGGCAAAGGCCAUCCAAGAGUGGUACUGCAUGAGCUGCAGAGAGGAAAACCCGCUGUUGGAAGUAAAAUACAGAUCGAAGAAAAGCCGGGAGAAGGAGCCGGACUCGGACAGAACCGAAAGACAGUACAGCACCCCGAGCACUCCGGACUAUAGGAGCGACAGACGCCGCGGGUCCAAAGUGAAACGCUCGGUGCGCAUGUGUGGGGAGUGUGAGCCCUGCAGGAGGACCGAAGACUGUGCCCAGUGCGACUUCUGCAAGGACAUGAAGAAGUUCGGAGGGCCCAACAAAAUCAGGCAGAAGUGCCGCUUCAGGCAGUGCGAGGUCCGGGCCAGGAAAAUGCUUCGCGUGAAGGAGGAGGAGUUCUCUCUGCGCGAGAGGAGGGAGAAUUCCCACUACAGGCGAAGGCGCUACUCCGACGACUACGACAGCGAGGCAGAGCUUUACCAGCAGUACAGGGCGGUGGGGCUGGACGGCGACAUGGCUUGGGGGAGCGACGACGACGACGAGCCGCCUUUCAGCCCCGUCAUGCGCAAGAAAGCCAUAAAGGUGAAGCAUGUCAAGAGGCGGGAGAAGAAGAUUGAGAAAAAGAAAGAGUCGCGCCGCCACAAGCAGAAGCAGAAGCACAAGGACAGAAGCCGACACAGCGAGCGGGGCGAGCUGCGGGACAGCGGGGGGAUGCGCCAGUGUCUCGGGCCAAACUGUGUGGAAGCAUCGAGGCCCAACUCCAAAUACUGCUCCGAGGAAUGUGGCAUGAAGCUAGCAGCCAACCGGAUCUACGAGAUCCUCCCGCAGCGGAUCCAGCAGUGGCAGCAGAGUCCCUGCAUCGCCGAGGAGCACGGCAAGAAGCAGCUGGAGCGCAUCCGCCGGGACCAGCAGAACGCCCGCCUCCGCCUCACCGAGAUGGAGCGCCGCUUCCACGAGCUGGAGGGCAUCAUCGCCAAGGCCAAGCAGCAGGCGGUUCAGCAGGACGAGGAGGUGAACGAAGGGGAAAGUGAUGACACGGACCUGCAGAUUUUCUGCGUGUCCUGCGGUCAUCCCAUUAAUCCCAAAGUGGCGCUGAGACAUAUGGAGAGAUGCUACGCCAAGUACGAGAGUCAGACGUCCUUUGGUUCCAUGUAUCCCACAAGAAUAGAGGGCGCUACCAGACUCUUCUGUGACGUGUACAACCCCCAGAGCAAGACCUACUGCAAGAGGCUGCAGGUUCUGUGUCCAGAACAUUCCAGAGAUCCCAAGGUGCCGGUAGACGAGGUGUGUGGAUGCCCCCUGGUGAAGAACGUGUUUGACCCGACGGGAGAUUAUUGCAGGGUGUCCAAACGGAAGUGCAACAAGCAUUAUAACUGGGAAAAGCUGAGGAGAGCUGAGGUGGACUUGGAGCGAGUCAGAGUGUGGUACAAGCUGGACGAGCUUUUCGAGCAGGAGCGUAACGUCCGGACUGCCAUGACGAACAGAGCCGGUCUGCUGGCCCUGAUGUUGCACCAAACUAUCCAGCACGACCCCGUGACGACGGACCUGCGCAGCAACAAGGAUAGGUAGUCAGAGUUGUGCAGAUCCCUGUACAUAAUAACAUAAUAACGGUGGGCUAAAGAUGUAAAGUUCUAGAUUAGCUACUACUUUGAUCAAAGACGAUUUUCUACCAUUUUAGAGCGUGCGUAUGAUAAUAUAUUUUUCCCUAAUAGAGGUAGACGAGCGCAUCGAGUUGAAAACUGCUGUUUUUGGUAUAAGCAUUUUGAAUAAACAACUGAAACAUGCUA